AUGUCGACCCCUCGCCAGCGCUCCCAUCACGGCUGCUGGACAUGCAAAAGCCGACGCCGCAAGUGCGAUGGGACCCGUCCUAGCUGUCAAUCUUGCAUCCAGCGGGGCCUCCAAUGUGAGGGUUAUGAGGUUCGUCUGCGAUGGGGAGCUGGGAUUGCAUCGCGAGGCCGUUUCACUGGCGCAGAAGAGCCAAUUAUAACCUCCGUGCCUCCAAGGCGCAAAGGCCGACGGCGCGAUUUGAGUCGCGAGAGGCGCCGAACGCAGCAGGAGGAGCCAUAUAUCGUUCACGUGGGGAAGACAAAUCGUUCCGCUGCAGAGUAUGAUACGAGCACUGAUAUGACCUCUGUCCCGUCCUCGCCGUCGUCUGUCGAAGGGCGAGGGCGAUCCCGAGAAGACGAAAGGCUGUUCCAGAUGUUCCUCACUUCAGGUGUUAAUACUCUACACUCAACAACCGCCAAAGAUCCCGUCAAUCUGCUGGCAGCCCACUUACCAGUACUAUGUCAGCAGUCAAGUGCAUUAUAUUACAUCUCCCUGGCACUACAGGCAUCGAUAUGCUACGACAUCGGACCUCAAUUCUUCGAGUACUAUGAUGCAGCUUUGAAUCAUUUCCGAACAGAAUUGGCGCAUAGUACCUCGUAUCUACCGGAUGGUACUCUCGCAGCUGGACUUCUCUUAUGUAGCGUUGGGGUACUACGUGGUACUCCUUGGACGAUGCACCUCCGAGGCAUGUACAGUAUCAUUCAGUCGCACGAAUUUCGAGACCUUCGAUCUGAGAAUAGUACGUUUCGGUCACAUCUCUUCGAAGUGAUGGGCGUGAUGGAUCUCCCUACUUUUGCAAUUGGUCGCCAGAAUCCAUGCCUUGGUUUCUGGAAAAUUCACUGCCGGGAACGCAAAGAUCCAACUCCAAUAGAGUCAGAACUUGGUCAUGAAGUCGAGGUAGUGAGCGGGCUUCCAAGAUCUUUGCUGGAUAUCUUCUCCUGUAUAGGCACAUCAGAAGUCACCGAAGAAGAUUUUUGGAAUUGGCCUGGUGCUUCGGGAACAUUGCUACAAUGUCAACUGUGGGAAGCCUACAGGUUGGCCGGCAUUCUAGCUGUCAGAAAUCGUCACUUACACCAUUCUGAUAAUAUCGCCGUAUUCCAACCGAGCAAGUCGCAGACUAAAAAACUCCCUAUUACGGAGGUGCUUGUGCUGCGUAUCUUCAGUAAUUUGGAUGCGAUAUUCAGAGCAGCAAAAGAGCCUGAAGGUACGGGCACUUUGCUCCUGAAUGCAAUCUUUUACCCUAUGGCGGUUGCUUCGUUGGAGUCUCGCGUCAUGAAUGAAAGGCCGUCAUUGAAAACUCUGAUGAGGAGCUGGGGUGACAACCUUCAUGAGCCGCCUGGGAAUGAUCGGCUCUUAGAAAUUCUUCUGGACAUUCUCGAGGAAUGGUGGAAAUCUGAUCCCGAGCGAACCAGUAUACAUGAACUUGCUUAUAUGCGAGGACUAGAGAUUGCGUUGUAUUGA